GAUUAGAAUUGCACCUAUUUGUGCGCCCUUGAAAAGAAAUCGAAGUGGGUACCUCGGUAUCCGAGUAUAGUUGGUUGAGUUUUUCUUUAGUGCAUCUUCCCCACGUUUGCCAUCGUGGUCUAUUGGUCAAUAUUGAGCCACAAGCUGAUCACUUUCGUGCUUCGAGAUCCAGUUGUGAAUCAUUCAAUCGGCGUUCAGCCAGCCAGGUUCUUGUGGCUAUAAGGAUUCUGCCAUCGCGGAUGAUCUUCUGCCUCCCGGUAUAGUACAGGCUUGGAAGAGACUUUUAGAGAAGCUCACUAACUAAAGCUGGUGCGAGGGGGCCUGUCAAGGACAAAAUUUUCAUUUGCUUCUAUGCCGGAGGACUGUAGCUGAUUACGGCGUGGCGUGAAGGGGAACAACCUUCCUCUUCGAAAUCGCAUGGACAACAUUAGAAAAGUUUUGGUUAUAUACAGCUCAAUUCUCCCUUAUCAUUCUUUUCUCAUUGCAUUCAUUCUUCAGAUCUGUGUCAAAAUGCAAUACUCUUUAGUCGCAAUUACCCUCAUGGCUGAGGCUGCUACAGCUUUCCCUUUCGUUGCCAAUUUGCCUGGUGUCGAUUCUAGCCUGCUGCGCGCAAACAAACGUCAGCAACCAAGCCCCGCUUCCUGUCCAUUCAACACAAAUCACGUCCCCGCUCCAGGAAUCUCAGCCUCUUAUCCGUAUAACGGCGCCAAGAACGGUCUUCCAGGUAAAGGAAUUGGUGGCUAUCAAGUUCCAGCACCAGGAGACACUGAUCACGAAUUUAUCGCUCCUAAGUCUACGGAUAUUCGUGGACCAUGUCCCGGUUUAAACGCUGCUGCCAAUCACAAUUUCCUUGCUCGUGAUGGCCUUACCACAUAUAAUGAGCUUGUUGAUGCUCAGCAAAACUUGUAUAACGUCGGUUAUGACUUGGCGAAUCUUCUUGCUGUUCUCGGCCUUACAAUAUCAGACGGUGAUAUUGUUACCGAGAAACUGUCCAUUGGAUGCGAUGCUACCUCACGGACAUCUUAUUCGCCAGUCUUGACGGGAUCAGAGCCAGGCUUGGAUGGACACAACAAAUUCGAGUCUGAUACAUCUCUCACACGCAAUGAUUACUUCCUUGCCGAUGGUAAUAAUUACUCAUUCAACGGAACACUUUUUGGGAUGAUGACUGAGACCACUGGUGGAAAUUAUGAUCGUGACGGAUUGGCUCUAUACCGAAGCCAGCGUUACCAACAAUCCCUCCGAGACAAUCCAAACUUUUAUUUUGGUCCUCUUGCCCUCCUUCUCUUCGGUGCCUCCUCUUUCCUCUACGAGUUAAUGCCAUCUGGCACCAAAAACUACGUCCCAGACUACGAAACCAUCUCCUCAUUCUUCGGAGCCGUGAAAAAUGCAGAUGGUACCUAUUCCUUCAACGGCGAGGAAAAGAUCCCAGCUAACUGGACAAAUCGCGUAACGCCAUACACAACCGUCGAUGUCGCUGUAGAAAUUCUCGCCCAAUAUCUCGAAUAUCCCGUUCUCUUCGGUGGUGCCACCGGAAAUGGCGGAUUUGACGUCCUUAAUUUUGGUUUUAUUAAAAAUGGAACAUUGAUUGCGCCACCGGAAGCUACGCCGACUUCUUGCUUGCUUUAUCAGCUUGCUACGCAGAGUAUUCCUUCCUCGUUGAAUAGUAUUCUUACUCCGGCUGUUAAUACUCUUGCGUUUGUUCUUAAAAAGUUGAAUCCUUUGUUUGGGAAUUUGGGUUGUCCGAUUGCUCUGACCUAGAGAUUUGGUGGAUAAUGAAUGUGACACUCUUGAUAGAUAUGCAAGUCAGAAGUUCAUGACUUGCAAAUAGGUGCAGAAUUGUUGUUUGGUGUUGGUUUAUUAGCGAUUUGAUUUUUCGGGAGGUUAGAAUGAGUUUUAUACACAUCUGUCUCAGUGUAUCUUGUAUAAAAAUAGCUGUGACACAUUUGCUCUUUGCACUGCAUCUGUGGCUGAAGUGUGACACACAGUCUCAAACCGAGACUCAUGAUAAGAUUACUAUAUAACCCUUCA